CCAAUAGACUACCUCCGUUCAAUUUGAUCCAAGCAGACACAUGUGCUUUCUUUAAACUCUUUCCAUCUUCUUCUUUCAAGAUUUCUCACAGUCAAUAAAAUAGUACCCCAAUCACAACCUCUCUUCAACUGUCUUGCCACCCAAUUUUACUCCUGGAGUAUAAAAAAAGACGCUCUUUUCCUCAUUCCCCUUCUUUCCUCUUUUUUAUUAGCACCCGACCUUAUCGCCCAUACCAUCUACCUUACUCUUACUCCUCACUUCUACAAACCCCUGUCUCAUACUCACACCUCAAAUAAAUCAUGUCCGAGAUUAUUGGCACAGAACCCAAGGUCCAUUCUACGGUCCAAACUACCGUCGAAACUGUUGAGGUCAAGGACCCUGCCGUCUUGACCGCCAGCAGCACUACCGUCAUCAACGAUACUGAAUCUGUAGCCUCCACUACCACCACUGAGACUAUCACCACCACUCAGUCCGCGUCGUUUGAGCGUCAAUUCUCCGCCACCUCAGUCACAGUCGAGUCAUCUUCGUCUUCCCAAGUUACAGGCAGUGCUUCCGCCUCAACAAUCAUUCUCUCCAAGGAAGAAACCAAGGACAUCAAGGCCUCAUGUGGUGACGAUAAUGACAUCGGUAGCUCCAGCAGCAAUGACGAACAGUUGGAUGAAGAGGCCAAGAAGGCCAAGAAGGCUGAGAAGGAAAAGAAGAAGCUGGAGAAAAAAGAAAAGAAACUAAAGGAGAAGAAGGACAAGAAGGAUGACGAAGGUUCUAGCAGCGGCUCUGGCAGUGACGAUGAACAGUUGGAUGAAGAGGCCAAAAAGGCUAAAAAGGAAGAGAAAGAAAGGAAAAAGCUGUUGAAGAAGGAGAAGAAGGAGAAGAAAGACAAAAAAGACAGCGAGGGCUCUGGCAGCGAUGAUGAUCAGUUAGAUGAGGAGGCUAAGAAGGCUAAGAAAGCUGAAAAGGAGAAGAAAAAGCUGCUGAAGAAGGAGAAGAAGGAAAAGAACGAUGGCGAAGAAUCCGACAGUGGCAGUUGCAGCAGCUCAAGCAGCUCUAGCAGUUCAAGCAGUUCAAGCAGUUCUAGCAGUUCUAGCAGUUCUAGCAGCUCUGACAGCGAGGAUGAGCAGUUGGAUGAGGAAGCCAAAAAGGUAAAGAAUGUCGAGAAAGAGGAGAAGGAAUUGUUGGAGGACAAGAAAGAAGGUGAGGAUCCCAGCAGCGCUAGCUGCGGCGAUGAGCAGUUGGGUGAGCAGUUGGGUGACCAAGCCAAGAAGGCCGAAAAAUCUGAGGAGGAGAAGAAGGAGGAAAAGAAGGAUAAGGAGGACAAGAAGGAGAAAAAAUUGAAGGAGAAGAAGGAGAAGAAAGAGAAGAAAGAGAAGGAAAAGAAGGAAAAGAAGGAAAAGAAGGAAAAGAAGGGAAAGAAGGAAAAGAAGGAAAAGAAAGACAAGGAUGGUGAGGACUCUAGCAGCUCUAACAGCGACGACGAGAAUCUGGAUGAAGAAGCCAAAAAGGCCAAAAAGGCCGAAAAAGAAAAGAAGAAGGCACAAAAAGAAAAGAAGCCUGGUUUCUUCGAGAGGCUUGGUCUUUUUGGCGGCAGCAGGACCAAUAUCAAGAAAGACUGUAACGACAGUGACAGCGAUGACGAGGCAAAGAAGGCAGCGAAGAAAGAAAAGAAAGAAAAGAAGUUAAAGGAGAAACAGGAAAAGAAGGAGAAGAAGUUGAAGGAGAAGCAGGAAAAGGAAGAGAAGAAGUUGAAGGAGAAGCAGGCCAAGAAGGAAGCCGCUUCUGCCGUCGGUGUGGCUGUUGGUAGCGAAGGAAAGACUAUCCUUGAUGAUCUCAGUUCGGAUGGUGAGUCAGAUGAGGAUUACAAACCCGACUCUUCCUCAUCCUCCUCUGGAUCUGACUCGGGAGAUGAUACUAAGGAUGCAGAGGGUGCGAUUGACAAGGAAGAAAUCGAGACUUUGACCAAGGAAGCUGCUGCCAUUGGAGUUGAUGUGGAAUCAGACAACAAAAUCUUAAGAACUGGCAAAGUCGUUGAGGUUUCAGCCACGCACACUGAAGAGGUCAAAAUGGAGCGAGCUGCUGAGGAGACAGUUGUGCAGACUGAGUCCAUCGUCACAUCUGGCGUUGUACCCGAGCCUGUCCCUGUCACUGUUGUUGAAGAGAAAAAGUAACACUGAUGUAUCAACCAUGCCUAUCAAG